AUGAUUCAGGAGUCCUACCCACUCAUUGGCCCCAACAUGGAAGUCAGAGGACGUGUUCCGUUCCUAGACGGUGUUGGAAGAAUUGAGCGAGUAUUGUCGGCGAUCGAUGCGGUGUACCGAGGCUUCAUCGCCACCCCAGCUCGCAGUCCUCAGCGAAUCACAAGUUCUGUUACGGAGCGCUUGUUUGGAGGAUCGGACAUGGCCACAAUUAAUAUCCAGAGAGGACGUGACCACGGUUUCCCUUCAUACAACGAGUAUCGCAAGUUGUGUCAACUGCGACCAGUCACUAGUUUCAAUGAGUGGCCAGAAGUGACAGAGAAAGCUGUUCGGGAACGAGUCGCACAGCUCUACAGAACACCUGAUGAGCUCGAUCUCUACGUUGGAGGAAUUCUUGAGGAACCAAUCGAAGGCAGCUUGUUGGGCCGACCUUCGCUUGCAUUAUUGCAGAGCAGUUCGUACGACUUCGAGACGGCGACAGGGAAGAAGAGGAGACCUACCUACUGGCGAACGCAGACUCUAAGGAUUCUACUUGAGAACGAAGGAGUUUUCACGACAGCGCAAAUGACUGCAUUAAAGGCAGUCACAUGUGUCGUGGGUGUUAUGCGAAACAAGUGA